AUGUCCUUCCUAGCCGGCGGUAGCCUGUCCUCUGAACUGAAGAUGGCCUACCCGCCCGUGCUGGAGCAGCACAGGACCUGCUCCAGCCGUAGCUGUUGGGGCAGCUCUGUCGAGACCGCCAUGGUCUGUGCUGUAGGAGGAUCUCUCUCUGGGCGCCAGGGUGAAACACAGUCCCCAAACACAGGUCUGUUGUGAAAAGAGUCCUUGAGUUUCAACGGGGGAGAGACAACAGAUAACAAUCAUACCAUUAAUAGUAUGUCACAGCUAUUAAGUCAGCUUCAGGGAAAAUAUUACAAUUCAUCUAUAAUUUAUGAAGUAAAUUCACUUGUAGAUGCAAAUUGGUUCAUUUCAUCUAAUCUCAGGCCCAAGCCCUCUGGUGGAGGCUGAAGGGUAGUACUCAAAGUCUGAAUGAAAACAGCAUAGUGACGAGUUCUCGCCCCAGUGUCAAGUUUCAAGUUUUAAUGUCACACGCACAAGUACAGUUAAAUGCCUUUCUUGCAAACUCAAAACCCAACAAUGCAAUAAUCAAUAAAAAUGUAUUACUAGAAAAAAAUACACAAGAAAUAAGAAUAAGAAAUAUGAAAUACACAAUAAAGUAAGUAAGUAUACUAUAUACAGGAAAGUCAGUUCCAAUACCAUAUUUACAUGUGCAGGGACACUGGAGUGACGGAGGUAGAUAUGUAUAGGGGUCAGGUGACUAUAUACAGGGUCGGUUCAAUACCAUAUUUACAUGUGCAGGGAUACUGGAGUGAUGGAGGUAGAUAUGUAUAGGGGUCAGGUGACUAGGCCACAGGAUAUAAGAUAAACAGAGUAGCAGCAGCUUGCAUGUGAGUGGGUGUGUCUAGAGUCAGUAUAAAUGUAUUAUGUGUGAGUGAGAAAAUGAUGGAGUGAGUGUGUGUGUGUGUUGAAGUGACAGUCUGUGUGAGUGUAUAGGGCCCUGUGAGGGUACUGAAAGUAUCACCCCCUGCUAGAGUUUAACAGUAUUUUAACUCUAAGUAGAAUCAUCGCAGUGAAUGUAGUACUCACCUGUGUCCUCCCUCUCUCUCUUGUUUUUCUCUCUGUUUCCUGUAGGGAGACUCUGGUGGCCCGCUGAACUGCCAGGUGAGUGGGAAGUACUACGUCCAUGGUGUGACCAGCUUCGUGUCCACCCAGGGCUGCAACGCCCAGGGAAAGCCCACCGUCUUCACCCACCUGUGUGCCUACAUCAGCUGA